AUGUCAGGCGCAGAAGUACUGGGCAUCGUCUCUGGCGCGAUCACUCUCAUCGAAGCCUCUAUCAAACUAUAUAAGACCGCCAAAGACUCUUCAGGCCUACCUCCCCAUCUUCGAGAUGCGGCUACUCGCCUCCCACUGAUCCAAAGUAGCCUUCAGACGGCAGCUGAACGCAUACAACAGGACCGCCAACCGGAAUCAUAUGCCGCUCUGGAAGCGGUUUUGCAAGCAUGCAGCGACAGAGCCGCACAGCUUUAUCAGAUAUUCGAGGCUAUGGUCCCUCGUACGGGUGCGACGCGGACGCAGCGAUAUGUCAGAGCUGUGAGAUCGUUUCCUCAAGUCGACAGAGCCAACGCGCUGGUUGAGGAAAUUCUUGCGGACUUGCAAGUUCUCACACUGGAUCAUGUUGUCAAAUCUGGAGCAAGAAGUGAUUCGACAAGUAUCGGAAUGAGGCGAGAUGUGCAAGGAGAGGCUGUGGUGACGCUACACAAUGCUGGUAUUGGGAAGCAGUAUGUUCACACGGGACAAGGAGACCAAAAUAUUGCGAACGGUAAAGCUACGCAGUUGAAUGGGAGUUUCAAUGGUGGGACAUUUAAUUUCACCCAGUUAUGA